AAUCGUUCCUCUUGCCCUCUGUCUUCACACACUGCUGCCCAGUUUGUGUGUGUGUGUGUGUGUGUGUGUGUGUGUGUGUGUGUGUGUGUGUGUGUGUGUGUGUGUGUGUGUGUGUGCUGCUUUUUCCUGCACUCUCUUUCUCUCUCUCUCUCUCUCUCUCCCUCUCUUUCCCCCCCUGUCUCUCUUUCUCUCACUUGCUCAGAGACGUGCAUGCAGCGACCGAGGGGGGAGAGAUAGAGAGAGAGAGGGAGCAUUGGGGAGAGAACACAUCGCAGCAGAGAUGCAGCAGGAGGUUUUGCGAGAUUUGGGCUGGUCAUGGUGUCCGGGGAGAAGGUGCUGGACCCCAUCCAUGCGGGCCUUAUUCAAUCUCGUCUGAGUGAGCAACACCUGGCUGUUGGGUUUGCGCCCCUCUGCAUCGUCACACAUUGCCAAGCUGAGGACAUCACUGGCCAGCAUUUGUCUUCCCCUCCGGUGGCUCUCGUGACUGCAGACCCCCUUCCAUCUCCCAGUUUAAAGCAGGCCAACACAGACACUCAGUGUGAGGAAGAGGAGCAGCAGGAGAAAGCUGAGAGGCCGGCGAUGAAGGGGAAAAAGCAUGGUAGCCGAGGGGAUGCAAUGAUGGAGGACAGGCUGGAAAGCAUGGCCGAUGGACCUAAAAAUGCAAAAAUCACGCUAAGCUUCCCACUUAGCGCCGGGCCCCUCCCGGCCUCGCUGACGUCACCCAACUACUGUCGUAACGCCUCGUCAUCCUCUUCCCCGCACAGACGGCGGCCUUCCUCUAAAAGCUCAGAUGAGGGGUCACUAUGGAAACUGGACUCCACCAUGGACGUAAAGCACAGACCUUUUAAGCCCCCGAGGCACGAUAGCUCUCCGUCCUCCUCACCCCCCUCCUCCCCCAUGACAGUACAUGCACUUAUCAGGAAGGAUUUAAAAUCCCUGCCUCCUCUCAAGUGCUCCAAACUCUCUCCUGAGAGGCAGCUUCACAAGUCAGCGCCGGGAUCGUCGAGCUCCUCUUUAGCGGGCUCUUACGGCGGAGACGGGUGGGACGAUCGCCAUAAGACAGCCAACGGUACACCCUCGCCCUCGCAAACAGCCCAGAUCCUCUUCAGCCUGGGCGCCUCAACCUAUCAUAGAGGAGGAGGCGGGGACGGCGAAAGGAAAGAGAAAAUAACAGGGAGACCAGCUGGGAAGCUGGGAAGCCCUCAUGGACCAAGCCUACACCCGCCCACACUGCACCUCCCGCCCCCGCUGCCACCACCCCCUCCUCCACCGUCCGAGGGUCUCACCGCACCCCCCCAUUCAUCCUCUUACUCCCCAGCUGACAGCCUAAAACCCGAGCUAAUUUGCGGUGUGUGCCAUCGUCUCUUCAGCUCAGCCUCCUCGCUCACUGUCCACAUGCGGCUGCAUCGUGGAAGCCGCGCCCUCAGCUGCCGUUUCUGCAGCAAGGUCUUCAUUCACAGCAAGAGACUGCAUUCCCAUGAGGCCUCCUGCAGGGUGUCAGGCCUGCCCUCCCGACUCAGCCCAUCUCUCGCAGUGCAGCCAAAGGAAGAGCCCCUGGAGGAGGGUGAGGUGAGAGAGGAGGCGGGAGAAACAGACACGAGCAAGGCCAGGCUGGGGAAAAAAGCCACUAGCUUGCUGGCUUGUAUCCAGGGCGAUGAUGCAGCAGACACAGAGCUCCUAGCCGCUGAUGAGAGCCAUUUUGUCAAGGUGGUGGACGGCAAUGUCAUCUAUUUCUGCUCGGUCUGCGAGCGCUCCUACAUGACGCUGUCCAGCCUCAAACGUCAUUCCAACGUGCACUCAUGGCGCCGCAGGUACCCUUGCCAUUACUGCGACAAGGUCUUUGCACUGGCCGAGUACCGCACCAAGCAUGAGGUGUGGCAUACGGGAGAGCGGCGCUACCAGUGCAUUUUCUGCUGGGAUGCCUUCGCUACAUACUACAAUCUGAAAACACACCAGAAAACUAUUCAUGGCAUCAAUCCCAGCCUCAUCUCCAGUGAAAAGACAGCCAAUGGUGGCUACAAACAGAAGGCUAAUGCCCUCAAGCUCUACCGCCUCCUCCCCAUGCGCUCACAGAAGAGGCCGUACAAGACUUACAGUGACACUUUGCAAAAUAGCUUGCUAAUGUCACCAACUGAAGACUCUUCCCUCUCCCUGCCCGACCUGGCCUGUGCUUUGGGGCCCACAGACCUACAAAACUACAUCAGUGGGGCCCAGAGUGUCAAGCCUGACCCAGAUAAUUUCCCCAAUGACAUCCCUGUUUCUGUGGGUGCUGAAAACAAGGACCUCUCCCCGCUGCCGCCCUUCCCCCAAGUAGACACGUCCCAGCUUAAAAAACUUGACGGUGAGGCCCAAGAUUUAGAGCAAAUUAAAGGCAGCUCCAAAAUGUCCAGCAGCAGCAAAACCAAAAGUCACAAAGCAGUAAGAGGCACAGACUCAACAAUCAUGCCCUCUGUGAUCACAUAUGGCCACACCAAACCCUCUGUCAUAGUUCAUGGAACAGCCGUGUCAUCCUCUGUCAUCAUGCACAGCAACCAAGUCUCUCCUGGAAGUGAAAAAAAUGAGUUCCCAGAACGCAGCGACAGUCCGCCCUCACACAAGGGUUCUGCAAGAUCAUUAAAGAGACGAAGAGACAGUGCAGACAGCCAUAGAAAAAGGUCCAGAGACAACUUGGAUCCAGCAGGAAAGAGACAAGAUGCGGACACAGACAAGUCUUCUUUUAAGUCCCGAAAGUCCCACAGCAAGAGUGACAACUCAAAGCAGCCCACACCGUCUGUGGGGUCACAGGUCAGAGAGACGGGCCCACUGUGCCAGAUCACUGUGCGUAUUGGCGAAGAGGCCAUAGUGAAACGCAGCAUCUCAGAGACUGACCUUAGGAGAGACAAAAGCCGCUCACCCCCCAAAAACAAGAAAAGUGAGACAUCUUCACUGCAUCACAAACACCAUGUGCACCGCAGUGCCAGCCAAGUGGAGGAGAACAACACAGGAGGAGAAACUAAGGCAGAAGCUGCAGAGAACACUGUUAAGCCCCCCGAGGACGUGAGGGAGUACAACUUUCGACAAAAAGUUCGCGAGCAGGACAGCGACCACGACAUGGAGGACAACUUGUGGCGGCCUUACUACUCCUACAAGCCGAAGAAAAAAACACAGGCACACCUGCAGAGGUUUAAGAGUUGGCAAAGAAAACUGAAGUUUAAGCGUGCUCUGCGGCUGAAGAGCAGAGCAGAGAGGCUAAAAAAAUGCGGGAAUACAGAGACGGAGGAAUUACAAGAUGAGGGAGAAGGUGUAAAGCUGCCAGAGGCUGACAUGGCAGAGAGUGAAAGCAAGGAGGGACAAGUGAAGGAGGACCACGGUCUUGAGCUCCCCACUUCUUCACUGCCCUCCCCAAAGACUCCUCUCGCUUCAUCUGUGGACUCUACAGGACCUAAAAGGCGGCCGUGGACCAAUGGGAACGCAGCAGAGUGCUCUACUUGCGGCUGCUGGUUCUCAAGCUCUAGCAAGCUAGACCAACACGAGCUGAGUCACCUGCUGGAGUUUGUGUGCCUCUUCUGCCGAGCCACUUUUCCCUCCCGAGACAAACUAGAAGACCACCAGAGGAAUCAACAUCCCAAGCCUCCUGACCUCUCAUCCGCCCUCCACAAGGUGACACUGGGCGAACACUCUGAAUGGGUCAAACAUGUGGCAGAUUGUGGUGAGGAAAAGGCAGAUCAAGUCAACUUAGGUGUGAGUAGUUCCAGUCCAGCUCGCCUUAGCAGGAGAGCCUUAUCACGGCACACAUGUCCACAGUGUCACAAGGUGUGCAAGACGUCCUCUGCACUCGCUCGUCACAUCCGCCGCCAUGAGUUCAACAGUUCUCCAGAGAGAGAAAGGGAAGAUGAUGUUUUAGACCCCAAAACAAUGGCUGUGAGCAGAGAUCUAGUCCCUGAAAAAGGCCAAGUGGUCUCAGUUAUCAGCUAUUCUACAGCAGAAAUCCCCAACGGCAGUAACUCUUCCGAAUCACUGCAGCAUGCAGACCUUCAUUCUGAACCAAUGCCCCAACAUCAGCCAGUAAAAUCUAGUAACAAGCCUGCGCUGGCCCAGCUCACGCCCCAAGCACCUGAGAGAAAUCCCAGCCCAAAGAUUGCAGAAACCAUAUUUGAGACCCCAGUGAACCUGACACCCGGUACAAGCCAGCUCACCCCAGCUACGCCCCCUACCCUGCAGAGUGUGCUGGUCAUGAACAGGCCCGAAUGUUUGGACUAUCGCACCCCCAGCAAAAAGAAUCUAGACCAAACAGUAUGCCCUGCGCACACAGUAGUGCCCGCCAGCACCUCCGCUCACUUGCCUAUGACACCACAGACCAGAAUAACCACUGCUUCUCCCCCUGUUUCCAUGACCACUGUGAACAGCUCAGAGGGUGGAUUCGUGAAACGGGAUGGGGUCAUUAUGGACAAAGAGAGGCAGACGGGGGGCACAGUAUUUGUACAUUCAGGUUACAAAGAACCUGUCCUGGUCCAAGAUCGCAGAGUCCAGUCCCUGUCUCGCAGUCCGUCUCCCAAUGAAGCACAAGACCUCACCAUGUCCUCCAUACUGGCUCGAGAGAGGGAGCUAGAGAAUCAGCGAGAACUAAAAAAGGUGUUAGAGAAACAGAGAGAAAGGGAGAGGGACAAAGACAUGGAGAGAGUCCAUCACAUGAGUAGCCUUGCACAGACCUCUGAGGACCAAACAACGCUGUUAGUCCCAAAAGAAGAGCCCUUGAGUCCUGUGCCGUCCCCCCAACACAUCCCCACUCAGACCACUAUAAAUAGACCCCCGUCACACAGAAACACUACAAAUUCCGCAGCAGCUAUUGGACUCUUAGCGCCGGCCAACCAGCAGUCCACUUUACUAGGACUGGACCGGUUCACACUUCCCAUUGGAGCUGCUGGCGCUGGGGAUCGCCCAUCUGCCCACGCCCUCCUCCUUCCUCGGGUACCAAAACCACCUGAGCCCGAGCGUCAAGACACUUCCCUAGAUGACCAGCAGGUAGAUCCCCCGCCAUUGUGCUACCCUAUUCAGGAUUAUCCCCUGCCUCUUAUCGUGCCAGACAGCUAUCAUCCGGCCAAGAAGUAUGAGGACAACCUGCUCAUGUCCUCCUAUCCUGUUGGAGCGCUUCCCUACGGCCCUUUGGGAAAAGUAAUGAUGCCGAAUGGUGCCGACUUGGCCAAGGUCCCGUUUUAUCCAGACCCAUACCAGCUCCUCUACGGGUCCCAGCUUCUGGCCUACCCGUAUAGCAUGGCGGCUCUUCCCGUGGCUCUCAACAUGAUGGCACCCGGCACGGACAAGAUUGAAUCCCUGCCUUUCCUUCCGGCCAUCUUUAACUACGCAGCUGGCGCAGGACCCUACAUGGGUGCCGGACCUCACCCGUUGGUGGCCAACCCCAGUCUUUACGGUGGCGGUAAAAAACAGCGAGACGGCGGCAGCAACAAACCAUAGCAACGCCAUGAGUAUUCUGGACAGGCCUGUUUGGGUUGGGAGCGGGAGGGGGUGCAUGGGCAUAUUAGAGACCAGAGGUCAACAUCCAAUCAGAGUAGAUGUGGCAGGAAGGGGAGGAGUUAAAAACAACAAGGGGAGGUCAAUGUUAGUAUCAUCACUCCCCUCCCUCCUUCCGUCUUUGUUGUUUUGCCGUAAUGUGUCGUAGAUCUAGUACUUGAUGAGUCAUCCUCUCUAACCUGCUCUAUACUGUACCUUACAUCUGAAAAUAAGAACUGCUUACAGGGUGUUUUGUGUGGAAAAAACAAGCUUCUCUGUAUUUUCGCCCCCCAACCAGGAGAGAUGCCUUUUUUGUGGGAAGGGCGGGUGAUUAAUUGUUGUUACAGCUGACGUGUGAAGUGACUCCAAAUGUGUUAUAUGUUUGAACAUGAGAGAGCAAAGCUUGUACUGCAAAUGAAGGAAAGUGUGUGUGUGUGUGUGUGUGUGUGUGUGUGUGUGUGUGUGUGUGUGUGUGUGUGUGUGUGUGUGUGUGUGUGUGUGUGUGUGUGUGUGUGUGUGUGUGUGUGUGUGUGUGUGUGUGUGUGUGUGUGUGUGUGUGUGUGUGUGUGUGUGUGCGCGCGCGCGCGCUAUGACUAAGGGGAAAUGCGUAUGAGUGGUUUGGAUGAUUCCGCAUUAGAUGCACACAACAUUCUUACUUUAGUCGGAAUAACUCUUUAGAGUAUAGAAGGGAUACGUGGUCAAUAAGAAGCGUAGAUGGCACAACGACAGCGUAACGUCUCGACACACCAUGUGACUUGGUGACCAGACGACACUGUAGGAUCUGUAUAGCAUUCACCAUAGUUUAUACCUUAUGUGCACACGAUUAGACAAGUAGUGGUCACUUAAAGGGGGCACUUGUAGCUGCUUUGGAUAUGUAGCUGGUCACUGGGUAAAGAAUUGCCGACUGGUAACUUUUGCACUUCCCUUCAUCUCUAUUCCUUUACGUAAGAGGAAUUAAAGAGUAAGCUUUGAUCAUUUUUUCCCCCUCUUGUGGAAGUGGAAAUUGGCUCCAUCUCCUCAAGCAGGGCGAGGAAAGUGACAACAGCAAGGAAGGUAUAAAAAAAAAUCUAAUGGAUUCAGGGUACUGAGUUAUUUCUGGAUAUAAGGAAGCAAACAGGCAGGAAAGACUUCUGAGUUGACAAUGAGCAGCCAAAGUGACGGCCGGACACCCCCAGAUGUCCCCCUGGGGUCAAUGACGCUAUGUUUUGUGUUAUAUCUUGUAUGUUCAACUAUGUUGUUGUGGAGGUGGUUUCAAGGGGGCCUGAACCUAAAAAUAUGAAUGUAAAUUUUAGUCAUGCGGUUAAUGAAGUACAGCUGCAUUAAUGCUAGACUCGGUUUCAGUUCUUUUUUUGUUUGUUUCACUCCAAUAAUCUAUUACAAACAGUAUAAUGUCUGGUAUGCAUAUAUCCAUUAGUCCUAGCAGACAUGUCAGUUAACUUGGGUUCUGUAUCCACAAAAGCAUGUGCCACACUUACUUCCUAACUGUUUGUAUGCUCAAGCUAUUCUGGCAUCAUGCGCACAGCAUUUCCUUUGCGUUCCGUCUCAAUCUUCCAAAUCUGUGUUUAGAUUGCCACUGUAGGCCUGCAGUCGGACACUUCCAAGCAAUUAGGAGGCACUUUUUGGUUCCAAGCAGGGGUGCGAAAACACAGCAAGACUGACCGCAGGGGCUCACGAGCGAGCGUUCCCUGGGGUGCGGUUGCAAGCCUUUUGCGUGUCUUUUGGGGUGGACAAGGGUGAGCGAUGAAGCGAGUGAGAAAACCAAAAGCACUGUAUCCCUUGGCUCAUACUAAAUGGGCCAUCUGUGCUUUUUUCCUUCUUUUUUUAAGUUUGUGUGAAGAUUUAAAAAAGAAAGGAAAAACCUUGCUCUCUCCAACGCAAUAUUUCAAUCCAUUCCUGUAGAUGGACAUAUAUGUGUUUCUGGACCAUCACGGUUGUCAUACAGACCAAAAGCAUGCCAAUUGACUCAUAUUGUAGUGACUGGACUGGAAUACAAAUUGUCUACUGUACGUUUUAGUUCUAAUGAAUGUGCCUCUGCUUUGAUAUUUAAAUCAUUAUCUAAAGUUACUAUUAAGAUGUGGAUUUGCCAGAAUUCAGCUGUCAAGGUGCCUUGUCACGGCAUAAGAAAUUAGAUUUGUAAAUGAGGGUUUUUCUUCAGAUAUAAUUUGGAGAUAGAUCUCAUGGCUUUGUUCGCUAUGAAGUUGUUCAUAGAUGUAUGGGUGUGGCUAAACUGUUUUGGUAUUGUGUAUUAUGUCUAGGAAAAUACUGUGCCAUAGAGAGCCCACAAAAUAUCUUUGUGUUAUUUUUCAAAAAAGAUGUUUUUAUGUUGCCUGAGGACUUUGUCUUUAGAUUUGAUACGAAGGCUUGUCGCCACAGCUCUCCCAAAGUCGGUAGUCUCCUUUUCCAAUCCCUUCCCUGUUUCUGUCUUUUUGCUGCAAUCAAACAGAAUAAAGUAUUAACCUGAUGACCCAAUGACAAA